AUGGAUCACGGGCUUGGGGCUCUCUGGGUGCUCAAGGAUCAGCAUUGGGCCAAAAUUGCCCAGGCCGGCGCUAUCGCAUACGCGAUUUACUACGUCUGCUACGCCUUGUACAUGACCACUCUUAGUCCAAAGGCGAAGUUUCCUGGUCCUCUUCUCCGCAAGUUCUCAUACCUUCCCUGUGCUUUUUCUAGCUUUCAAGGCCUGGAAUCUCAUGCUGUUCGGGACCUGCCCGCUCAAUAUGGACCGGUGGUGCGGGUUAGCCCGGAUCUGGUCUCCUUCACUGCACCGACCUCCUGGAAGGAGAUCUACGGAUACCCUGCGGUGAAGUUCAAGAAAUCGGGAUACCGCCAGCUUCGUCCAGGUGUACCCGACCUACUCACGGCGAACGGUCCGGAUCAUGCCCGCCAGAGGGCGGCUCUGAACCGGGCCUUUUCUGAUCAGGCCUUGCGUGAGCAGGAGCAUUAUUUCCAGGAACAUAUCGAUCUAUUUCUCACCCGGUUGGAUCAGCGGUGUAGCGGCAAGGAGAAUCUGGUGAACAUCGGGCAGUGGUUCGAAUUCCUUGCGUUCGAUAUCAUCGGGACCCUCGCCUUUAGCAGCUCGUUCGAUUGUCUCCUGAACGAGGACUACCAUCCUUGGGUGACACUGCUCAUCAAUUUCUUCAAAUCGACCCACUACUUCCUCACGGCGAAGAUGCUCGGCAUUUUCUUCCCUAUUGCCCUUCUUGUGGGUCCGAUUCGCCAUCUUCUCAAGGGACAAGAGCACCUACGGCGCAGCUACGCCAAGGUGCAAGAACGAUUAAAACUGCCCCCUGACGGCACUCGCCAUGAUUUCUGGACCUACAUCAGCAAGUAA